CAGACAUGGAUUCUGAUUGGGAGACAAUCUCUUGUGGAUGGGUCGCCUAUCCCAGAUGUGUAGGGUGACGAGGCGAGCGAUCCCCCGAACGACACUUGUGCAUCAGGGCAGCUCCGUUUUUCUGCUCUGACACUCAACUCGAUACUGCGGUGGGAAUUUCGAACUAAUCUCAAAAAUCACGAUAUUGGCAAAGGAGAAAUGAUAAAACACUUUCGACCGUACACACACUCCAGUAGAGCCACUUGUCAACCCAGCUUCGUCUCUGUAUGAGGAGCCAUUGUUCAGAUAUGCCUUCGACCGAAACAGCUUCCGAUCAAGUCUCCGUCGAUGAUGGUGACCGAGAUGGUCGUAUAGAUGAAGGGACUGCUGUUGCGGAAGCCAGCUCCACCAGCCAUAUUGAUGACGAUCAGGGGACUUCCCCGGAUUCUACACAAUGUGAUCCAUGGGAAGAGGCUAAGGACUUGGAAGAGGUUGAGGCGCAAUGGAACGACGUGCUAAAGUACAUGAAGGGGGAGAAACCGCCUGAAUAUGAUGCCCGGGGACUCGUUCCACUUUGGCUUGGUCGAAAUGACAGCACCGCUGAACACCCGAGCCUGAUUCCACACUAUUUUGACAUUGUUGUGGUACACGGAUUUUGGGGUGCUCGACGACCCCCAUGGAAAAACCCUGGGUCAGGAAAUUCAUCCUGGCUACAUCGACAGGGCUACAAUCAACAUCAAAAUGUCGUGUCUUUUGGUUAUGACCCCAUGACUAUGCUGAGUGGCACCUGCACACAUGAAGUUAUGAAGAAUUUGGCGAUGACUCUUCUAGAAGACAUCAAAAGAAUGAAGAAGUCAUCUACUCAGAUGCGGGGCCUAAUGUUCAUAGCUCAUGACGUUGGCGGUAGCAUAGUCAAAUGUGCGCUUGCGCAGGCCCAACUCAAUCCGCUCGCCUACGGGUUUAUAUCCGAUGCUACGCGUCUUCUCCUUUUCUACGGCUGCCCGCAUAGGGCCACGAAUCUCCGGGACAUGGAGCAGAGACUUUCCAAGUUCGUUUACCGCCGGAAAGAGCGGAGAAGUCAUAAGUUGCGUUCGCAAACAAGCGGAACUACAAGCCUUGCCAAAGCCAUAACAGCGAUCAAUGACUCCUACUUCCUCUCGAAGCAAAUGUUUCGGUCUUAUGCAAUAAGCGUUUUUUCUGGGGCUUCCAAUAGUAAUAUCGACGAGGUUUUUGGUAGUUUCUGUGGCACCUUGGGAUCCCCCUUCGAGUUUCGUAUCGCCGGUGGCCGGCAUCGGGACGGAGAACGCUAUCCAAUCAAAUGUUGCAUUGAGAAUAUAAGACAGUCACUCAGCUUUGACAAAUCUAGUCUUCGUAUUGAGAAGGCACUGAUCUCUCUUGCCUCGCCCGUGCCUCCCCUUCGGACAGGCGAUGGCUUGGACAAGUCAUACGCAUGGAUCAGUGAGAACCAACAAUACCAAGCUUGGCGUAGUAGGCGGAAGCCCGAGAUUCUCUAUCUGAAGGGCGGUUCCCACGCACGAUUGGCAUCGGAGUACGUUCUUUACGAUCUUGAAAUGCUCGACGGCCCAUGGAACCGACAAUUCGACCUUUUUUUCCCUUUCGACCGCUACGAUACCCGAAGAGAUGACGCACUCGACAUGAUGGCUACAUUCCUUGCUCAGAUGUUAGGGCAUUCGCCAUCAAGCUCCGUUAAUGCCUGUGAACCAGUGUAUGAAGUGUGCCGAGUGAAUCGCGGCUGGCACUACAAUGAUGCACUCGCUAUGUUUCAGAGUUGUCGAAAUUGGUGUGGGGCCAGAGACAUCUCUUUUGUUCUCGUCAAUUUCAAUGAAUGCGAGCCGGUGUCUAGAAAAGCCUUCCUAGACUUCUUCCUCAAUGUUUCGCAGACUCGAGAAUGGCAUUGGAAAAUUGUGGUUACCAGCAGCCGGAAAGACGCCUUAGCUGAAGAGCUCAGCAACCUACCUGUCGUCUACCUGGACGUAUCAGCCAAGGGAAUCGCGACUCAAAAGUAUCAUGACCGUGCAACUGAUCCACAUGGUCCUCUGCUGCUAAGACAAGGAUCGAACGGGCAAGCAGCCAAAAAGGAUGUGGAUCAAGAAUUAGAAGCUCUUGAGGGUCUGGAUCCAGAUGUUCGUGAUUCUUUAAUUCAACAUGCUAAAUCCGACCACGAAUCGCCGUCAAAGCAAUCAAUUCGACACAUAACGGGCAGCCCAGAAAGAAUCAGCCUCGACUCCGUCCUCGAAAUGAUCCUGAAAAAAGUCCCAGAUCACAAAUUCGCUUCGCGAACGCUUGCCUGGGCCCUUUACGCUGUUCGGCCUCUGACGCACUUGGAGUUUGCAAACGCUGUCAGUUUUGAAUUGAACAACGCGGGCCCCGACCUCCGGCAGCUUUCCAGCCAAGAGGCUGACGAGCUUAUCGAGAAGUUGCAAAUUUGGUUGGCAGGCGUCCUCAGCUUUGAGAACAACACGGUGGCCCUCUCUACGCAUCAUAUUCGAGAAUCUCUCAUCAAGGUGUCAAACAAUCAGUCAAGUUCGUCGCAUAUAUGGGAUUCAUGGGACAGGAAUCCACAUGGCGUCAUCGCCAAAACUUGUCUUGCUUAUCUGGCCACUCCUGCGGCGCAGAAAAGCCUUGCGAGGCGUUAUGACAACUCACUCAGUGACGCAGUCUCCCAAUCUACGGACAGCCAUGAUACCAGCAUUGAAGAUUACGCGGUUCAAUAUUGGAUUCAUCACGCUUCCCAGGCGCCCCAUGGGUACGAUUUGACGGAGGAUGUGGCUAGAUUUGUCAGGUCCGGCGUUACCACCAACUGGUCCAAAUCAUAUUGGUCGCUUGCAAAUCCUUUCACCCGGAGUCCGCGACCAUUUACAUCCCUCUAUCCUGUCUUAGCGGGUCGAGGUCUGGUUGAUCUGGCUGAGAGCUUCCGGGUGAACGAUGAGGACUUUUCCGAUGGGCUGGGCGAGGCAUACAUCAACAGAUCCUCACACAGUGCGGAGAUACUUCUGCGCAAAAGACGAUACUCAAUCGACACUGUCAAGCGCGCUCUCACCUGUGCUGGCGGACGAGCUGACGAAACAGCCUGGGAAGGAUUGAUUGAGUAUAUUUCCAAAGAAUACGCACACUUUCCCUGGGAAGGCGAUGUAGCACAGGUGGUUCGUGCAAGUCGGCUUGGCCUCAAUGUUGUUCUGGCCAGACUUUUGGAACUCGGCUGCCCUGCCGACACACCGCAUGAUAUUAGUGGAGGUCCCGGGAUGAUGGCCCGUUCCGUACCGCUUCGUCAAGCUGUCUUUGGGAACAACCUGAUAAGUGCCAGAUUGUUGUUGAAAUACGGCGCAGAUCCUCACGCUGCGAACGACUUCGGAUUAACGGCACUUCAUUUGGCGGCCGCGUACGGGCACCCGGAUAUGGUAAAGUUCCUCGGAGAAUGCCAUGCUGACCUGGAUGCCCAAACCAUGGACUUCCGAGUGCCGGUAUACGAGGCCUGCCUGCUCGGUUGUUCAAAAGCACUGGUAGCUUUGCUCAAAUUAGGAGCGAAUCCGAAUUUGAAGGCUGUAGCCAGCCAAACCGAACCUGGAUGGUCCCCCCUUACCUGUGCAGUUCAGGAAGAGAAUGUGGGCUGUGUGCGUGCUUUGCUUGACGCCAAGGCAGACCCGGAAGUCUUCGGGCCCUCGGGCACACCCCUUUGGUAUGCUGUCGGAAAGGGCUCAUUCGAAAUAUGCCAACUCCUUUUGGAUCACGGGGCGGAUCCCAACUCGAAAUUGAACAACCUCCCCAUGUUGAGGCAUGCGAUCAGGGGCCCCGGUUACGACUCUGUUUCUGAUAUCGUCAAGUUGCUCCUCGAAAAAGGGGCGGACAUAGACGAGGUCUUUUCUGGACAAACUGCGCUAGUACGUGCAUGCUGGUCCCAUCCUCAACAAAGACAUCGUAUCGUCAGGUGCCUCCUGCAACACGGAGCCAAUGUCAACUUGCCUCGGCCGAAAGGCGAUCGUCCCAUACACAUCUGCGUACUGGAGCAUGACGUUGAGACUCUCCAGGCGCUUCUGGACCAUGGAAGUCUUGAAAUAGACGCUGAACGACUGGAUGGCUCUACUGCACUGAUGUGUGCUUUCAGUUGCAGUAACCCCAAGGAAGAGAUCGUGAGAAAUCUCCUGAAGCGAGGGGCUGACCCCAACAAAUUUCCUCACCGUGACAGGUCACCUCUCAUUGAAGCGAUUGUGAGAAACCGAGCAGAUAUCGUUACCCUACUGCUCCAGUACAACGCUCAGAUCGAUCCAAACGACGAGCUGAUGGACGGGUGGGAGCCCCUGGAACGUGCGGUGGUGAAUGGUUAUGCAAACAUCGUCAGAAUCCUGGCCGAUGCUGGCGCGAAUAUCAAUCGUCGAGACGAUUUUGGGGACAGUCUUGUACACCUUGGAAUUGAUAGCAGCGCUCUGGGGGCCCUUCUAGAAUUCAGACCGGCACUGGACAUGAAGACCAAAGACAGCAAAACACCGCUCCACUACAUCGAAGACACAACACCGCUUGAAAAUAUCAAGCUGCUGGUCCGCGCAGGGUCGGAAAUCAAUGUCACGGAUUGCGACGGCUCAACACCCCUUAUUGCGGCACUCAGAUACGGACACGGAGAGGGCGCGAGGUACCUCAUGUCAAAGGGUGCCGACACCACUAUCAUAUCUCCUUGCUUCGGCGGCCCACUCCACGCUGCCUGCAAUAUGGGGUUGGUAGAAAUUGUUGAAGACUUGGUAAAUGGAGGAGCAGACGUGAACCUGUCGGUGUUAGGCGAAGCGGGGACACCACUCUCAUCCAUUUUCUUCGACUCCGACAGCGACAAUGAAUGUAAGACGAGGCUUAUUGACAUUCUACUGAAAGCUGGCGCCAACAUCAAUGACUCGAACAGUCGCUUCGGUGGGGUAUCAGUGGCUGCAGUUGUGGGCGGAGAGGUAGAACACCUCCACGCCCUAGCCGCGAGAGGUGCAAGUUUUGCAGGCCGUGAUAUUUCCGGCAGGACACCUCUCCAUUUUGCUGCUUGCCUUGGCAGAAGAGAAAUGGUUUCCUUCAUCAUGGCCAAUGGCGGAAAGCACGCGGAUAAGGACAACGUCGGUCGGAGCAGCAUAAGCUGGGCAGCAGAGGGUGGCAACACAGCACUCCUGGGCGAUCUAUUGCAACUCAGUGGAAGUGAUGCCAUCAAUGAUGUCGAUCUAGAUGGGUGGACGCCGCUAUGCUGGGCAGCAAGGGCCAUUGUCGACCGAAGGGCCAUUGCCGACGAAAAGACCAGUGCCGAUGAAAGUUCCGUUGCGGAGGAGGACGCCAAGCCGAAUCUUGACAUGCUGAAGUACCUGCUCGAUCGGGGAGCGAAUCCAUUGGUAAAAGCUCGCCUCCGCGGGAAAGAGUAUACACCUGCAGGUAUUGCUCGAUACCACGGAUGCGACAAUGAGGUCCUAGAGCUCCUUGCUCCAAGAUCGGAGGAUCGCUCAGGAAGUGCCGAUCUGGAAUCGACGAGUGGGGAUGAACUCGACGGCAACGGUAUGCCAGAAUUUCUGAGCCACGAACGUUCACGGAUUUCCCGAAAGGGAUGCGAGUUCUGUGGUCUUCGGUGCCGUGGCCUGGCGUACACCUGCAAGGUAUGUCCCGACUUCGACUACUGCUACAAGUGCUUCAACUGGAAGGACAAGAUACACCAUGCAAAUCAUGAAUUUGAAGAAACCGGUCCGGAACUCGAGUUUGAUAGUGAGUACUCUGAAUCUCGGUCCUCGUCGCCUGAACCAUCAUUGAGCGCGAGUACAAGCGAUACGUCUAGUCGUUCUGGUGAGGAUGGUAGUGGCGAUGGAGAGGAGUCGGCCGAUCAGGUGAAUUAGCCGUUUAGAAGAUGCCGCAACUUCGAGAAGUAUACAUUUUAGUCAUGGAAAACACCACCCCUGGCUCUGUACUUCAUAUCUGGUCUUGCGGUGUGCAGUACAGCAUUCCUAUUAUGUUACCUGGACCUCCUGAAUGUAUUUCCCACGUGGAAUGAUUAUUGGUUGAUGGACAGGUCUCUACUGUCAGGAUUAUUUGGUGAAUCAUACAAUACCAUUGUUUA